AUGGGGGGCCCGGAGGGGCGGCCCGGCUUCUGCCUGGGGCUGGGCCUGGCCCUGGCCUCCAGCGCCUUCAUCGGCAGCAGCUUCAUUCUCAAGAAGAAGGGGCUGCUCCGGCUGUGCCGCCGCGGCCGCGCCAGGGCAGGGCAAGGAGGUCACGCAUACCUGCGAGAAUGGCUUUGGUGGGCAGGGCUGCUGUGCAUGGGAGUUGGAGAAGCAGCAAAUUUUGCUGCCUAUGCCUUUGCCCCUGCAACACUGGUAACUCCACUGGGUGCUCUAAGUGUCCUUGUUAGUGCAAUUCUGUCUUCCACCUUUCUGAAUGAGCAGCUGAAUGUUCAUGGGAAGAUUGGCUGCAUCCUGAGUAUCCUUGGCUCCACGGUGAUGGUGAUCCAUGCUCCGCAGGAAGAAGAGGUUUCCAGCCUGGAGUCAAUGGCAGAGAAGCUGAAAGACCCAGGAUUCAUUGUAUUUGCUGUGUGUGUCCUGGUGAGCUCCCUUCUGCUUAUCUUUGUGGCUGGACCCCGUUAUGGACAGAGCAACGUCCUGGUUUAUGUUCUGGUCUGCUCUGCCAUCGGCUCCCUUUCUGUGUCCUGUGUCAAAGGCUUGGGGAUUGCCCUGAAAGAGCUCUUCUCUGGGAAGCCAGUCCUGAAAGAACCACUGGGCUGGGUGCUCCUGGUGUGCCUGGUGAUCUGCAUCAGUGUCCAGAUCAACUAUUUGAACAAAGCCUUGGACAUCUUCAACACAUCGGUGGUCACACCCAUUUACUACGUGCUGUUCACCACAGCAGUCAUGACAUGCUCUGCCAUCCUCUUCAAGGAGUGGCAGCACAUGGUGCUGGGCAACAUCAUCGGCACCAUCAGUGGCUUCCUCACCAUAGUGUCUGGCAUCUUCCUCCUGCAUGCCUUCAGGGAUGUGCCCUUCACCCCCGACCUCCUGCCCCUCUUCCUGCAGCAAGGCAGGGCAGACCUGCACGCCUUGUGGAGGAGCACAGACAGACAUCAGUCAUGUCAGCACCAGCCUCUUCUGCCCUCGGAGGACAAAGGCUGUCAGAGCCCAGAGGAGAAGGAAGGUGAAAGUGUGUGAGGAAGCCUCUGAACUACCAGUUUUUUGCUCCCAAUGCUGAGCAGGUCCAUGGCAAGGUUGAACACGCUGCCUCAGCUGCUGCUAGCUUCUGCUGCACUAGCAGGAGCUGACACUUCCUGCUUUCCUGCCCCAGACAUGAGAUGGGUGACCUGCCAUUGCCAGGAGGCUGACAGGGACAGCAGCUUCCUGCAGCUACAUACAGGAGCCCUGAGAACUGCCCAGUUCUGGGAUCUGGUGCCUCUUUACUGUUCUUCUUCAUAAAGAAUUCAUCUGUCUAUCUGGGCCCCUCUGCUGCACAGAGGCCUGCAAUACUAACACAGUGUUAACCGUUAUUGAAUGCAAAGACCAUGCAUUUGGGGAGUCCUCACAGCUUCUUUUUUUUCAAUAUACUCGGAGAUCAGCAGUUACAAAAUAAUCUAACAUGGUGCUAAGAUUCCAGGGAGACGAUGGAUGUCUGGUUUCAAAGAUGACAUACCCAGAAUAUAAAACAUUUCCUGUCAAGUACUUUUUUUGCUCACUCUGCUAGAAUUUAUUUACAGAUUCACAUCCAAGGACAGAAUACAGCCAAAACUGGAAAAUUUCAGUGGUGCUGCCACCUGCUACUGUGGCUCUUAGGGAGGGACUAACCUCUUCACAUGUCUGCUGUGCAGGCUGAUGAAGUACCUGCUUUACUGUGUUCUAUUAAAAACUGAUCUGUUCAGUUA